AUGGCGCAGGAUGUCCCUCUCCGCCUUACCAGAGUUCUCUGUUCCAUUCCAGAAACAUUAGGGCAGGGUGCCAUUCCUCCCGCUCCUUUUCAAGGUGGAAUCCAAAGUUUCCCCCGGUCUGUCCCGUUAUGGUAUUGCUGCCAUUGGGAUGAGGAAUGUAACCGCUUGAGUGAGCGUGACAACUAUCAGUUCUCUGAUCUUUCAAUUUUGAAGUUCGUUAAUAUUGCAAGAAUCAUGAAAAUCUGGUGCUUGAGGGCGAGCAGGAGUUCAUGUUGCUACUUUUGCAAAAACAAAAGAUGCCGAAUGCACUGCCCGGGAAUCGAACCCGGGUCUGUACCGUGGCAGGGUACUAUUCUACCACUAGACCAGCAGUGCUUAAUUGAUAUUAACACUAAAUUGUUUCCGAGCCUUGAGGGAUAUUAUUUCCAUCGUUGGUCGAGCCAAAGGCAAGGGGGCGGAGCACGCUCGGAAGCAGUCCUCCAGGCCGUGGUGACCGUUGACCUUGGCAAGCUCGUCGAGACGCUGCUGGAUCUCGCUUACAGCGCCCAGCAUUGCAGGGAAAAAUCCAAGACGCUGGCACUCAAGGUGGAGCUCCUCAGCGAGUCCAUUGCGGAGCUCAUCGAGAAGAGGGAGCACUUUACUCGAGAAAACUUUGGAACACACGUUAGAAGGCUCGAGGUGGUGUUUAACGAUGCUAUCUAUCUUCUCCGGAAGUAUAGAAACGGUAGCAUCUUCGUCAAGAUCUUCAAGGCACCACACUCCGAGGAUGGAUUCGACUCUAUCAAUCAGAGACUGGAGAUUUGCAUCCAGUACUUUGGAUUCAGCCUGCAAGUCAGGAACGAAUCCAAAGUCUCGAAUCUCGCGGAAGAGAAUCGGCAGCUGCGCUCCAUGAUCCAGUCCAUUAUCCAGCAGCAGCAGGUUGAUAUGAGAAGAUUGCUCAGUGGGGAGCUAAUGUCCGAGGAGAGAGAUGCGGUGAACGCGAUGCUGGAAGGACUAACUUUCGACGACGAUGACGAGGUUUAUGACGAACACACGCUGUGUGCCACUCUCGAACAGCCUGGUUCUUCUUCCGCAACGCGAGUUCUACUCUUAUACUCGGAGGAUCUUGGAGAGAAAGAGCUGGCCAUUCUCAAGCGGCUCUCAGAGUCUCACGUCAACAUUCUCCAGUUCUUUGGGACUUAUGUGGAUGGCAAAACGAAGUAUGCUGUCAUGGAGAGGCCGGGGAAAGAAAUCUCGACGCUAGACGAGUUUAUACACAACAAGCCAGAGCUCAAGGAUGGCCACUGGAGUCUCAAGAAGAACUUUGCUCUGGAGAUCGCCAUGGGGCUGCAAUACGCUCACGCUGUGGGUGUCGUCCACAAGAACCUCCGGAGUCCAAACAUCUUCAUCGACGAUAGCCAGGAUCUCCGUCCCAAAAUAUUUGGAUUCAACCAAGGAAGGAUUGAAGCGUUGAAAAGUGACAAGCGGCCGCAGAGCAAGGAGCAGGUCCGGUGGAAGGCUCCCGAGAUGUUGCCGCAGGCAAACCGAGCGAUCAGGCGCCCCGAGUAUAGUUACGCGUGUGACAUCUUCUCGCUGGGAGUCGUCAUGUGGGAGAUCGUCACUUGGUCGUUUCCAUUUGAGCAGAUCAAAGGGGUGCGAGGCGUGCUCGAGGCAAGGGCAAGGAGGGGAAUGACGCUCGAUUUCUCGGCUCUUCCGCCGGGGGAUCGCUCCCCAGCGCUCCAGUCCUUCGUCCAGAUUAGCAUGGAUUGCAUGGAAGAAGAUAGCGGCAAGAGGCCCAACGUUGACGAAGUCGUGGAGAGGCUGUCACAGCUUGUUCCAGAGGACAUGACGUUUUCUUCUUUGUAAUCAAUCGGCACGUAAAAUAUAAAAUAUAAAAAUAAAAUGGAGAAAUGUGCUAAAUUAUUGUAGCAUCGAAGAUGGGGCCAACCAUUUUUUGUCUUUAAAGAAGUCAGAAAUCCUGUUUGAUGA